GUGUAGGCUGAAUAAGAGGACACUGGCAUAGGAGGCGUUCCUUGGAUGGAAGUCUGCGCACGGAAUCCUGCCCUUCCGGACAGAGCGCGCGCAUUCACAUCUCUGCCCGCAGGAGCGCUCAGCUGUCUGGUGCGACAAGUCACCCGCCACCGUCCCAACUAGUCCUGUUCUCUGCCAGGUGUUGAUUUCGUUGUCCGCCAAGUCUGUCUAACGGGUCUGACCAACGGGUGACCCGUUACACGCUCCUUGCCCUGCGCCUCUAGACCCCUGCUCCCCCUGCUACACCUGGGCUCCACCCAGAUCAUCACUGAGAGGAAGGAGGAAUCCAGUCGAGAGUCUACGGGUUCUUUAGAGAGCUGCGAUGGUCCCAGACAGAUGAUUUGACCGAGGAAGAUUUCAGCGACCAUCUCCCAGCAGGUUAUUAUGGGGUGUGUCCACUGCAAACAGAAAAAGGCAGCCAAAGCGGCGUCUGUUGCCGAGGUUGCCGAUCCAUUUCCUGGCAACAUCGACGGGGGCGUGUCCACUGUCUUGACCCCUCCCCGUUACUGCCCUGACCCCACCCAGACCAUCCCUGACUUCAACAAGCCUUUUGGCACCGCUCUCUUCCCUAGCACCAACUCACAGCCUCGUGCAGGAGGAAUCACAGGUGGAGGUGUCACUCUCUUCAUAGCUCUCUAUGACUAUGAUGCUCGCACCGAAGAUGACCUCACCUUCCAGAAAGGAGAGAAGUUCCACAUAAUCAACAACACAGAGGGAGACUGGUGGGAGGCCAGGUCGCUGGACACAGGGAACUCUGGCUACAUCCCCAGCAACUAUGUAGCCCCUGUAGACUCCAUACAGGCCGAAGAGUGGUAUUUUGGGAAGAUGGGGAGGAAGGAUGCAGAGAGACAGCUGCUAGGACAGGGGAACCCCAGAGGGACCUUCCUCAUACGAGAGAGUGAGACGACCAAGGGGGCCUACUCUCUGUCCAUCCGUGACUGGGAUGAGAGCAAGGGGGAUCACGUAAAGCAUUAUAAGAUCCGCAAGCUGGAUAAUGGCGGAUAUUACAUCACCACGCGGACACAGUUUGACACAGUGCAAGAACUGGUUGAGCAUUACACAGAGAGGGCUGCAGGGCUGUGUUGUCGUUUGAUUGGCAGCUGUAGGCGGGGCAUGCCCAAGCUAGCCGACCUAUCAGUGAAGACUAAAGAUGUGUGGGAGAUUCCCCGCGAGUCCCUGCAGCUCAUUAAGAAGCUGGGAAACGGACAGUUUGGAGAAGUGUGGAUGGGCAGUAAUGACGGGCUGUGUUACUACCUCACCCAAGCCUGUCCCAACUCCACCCCCCUCACCAACGGUCUGGGGCGGGACGCUUGGGAGGUUUCCCGGGAAACGCUGGCCCUCCACAUGAAGCUGGGGCAGGGCUGCUUCGGAGACGUCUGGAUGGGCAUGUGGAACGGCACCACCAAGGUGGCGGUGAAGACCCUGAAGCCGGGCACCAUGUCUCCUGAAGCCUUCCUGGAGGAGGCCCAGAUCAUGAAGAGACUCCGACACGACAAGCUGGUGCAGCUGUACGCCGUGGUGUCAGAGGAGCCCAUCUACAUCAUCACCGAGUUCAUGAGCCAGGGCAGUCUGCUGGACUUCCUCAAGGAUGGAGAGGGGGCCAGUAUCAAACUGCCCCAACUGGUGGACAUGGCUGCACAGAUUGCUGCAGGGAUGGCGUACAUAGAGAGGAUGAACUACAUCCAUCGUGAUUUGCGAGCGGCGAACAUUCUGGUUGGGGACAAUCUGGUGUGCAAGAUCGCUGACUUUGGUCUGGCCCGUCUCAUUGAGGACAACGAGUACACUGCCAGGCAAGGGGCCAAGUUUCCAAUCAAAUGGACCGCCCCCGAGGCGGCGCUGUACGGACGCUUCACCAUCAAGAGCGACGUGUGGAGUUUUGGCAUCCUGCUGACUGAGCUCAUCACCAAGGGCCGCGUCCCAUACCCAGGGAUGAACAACCGGGAGGUCCUGGAGCAGGUGGAGCGGGGCUACAGGAUGCCGUGUGCCACGGGCUGCCCCGCUUCCCUCCAUGAGCUCAUGGUGCAGUGCUGGAGGAGGGAGGCUGACGAGAGGCACACCUUCGAGUACCUGCAGGGCUUCCUGGAGGACUACUUCACGGCUACCGAACCCCAGUACCAGCCGGGGGAGAACCUGUGACCACACACACACACACAUACACAUAAACAGUUACAUGCAGAUGGACACACGCACACACACAGUGUCUUAUACAUAAACCGUUUCAUGCAAAUGCACACAUACGCACACACAUUGUCUCACUCAUCAACCAUUACAUGCAGAUCUACAUAGACAGACAACACACUGUAUGUUUAUAUAUAACAUGGCAAUGGUAUAUGACAGGCUUUUUUUGUUUCACUCCUGUCAGAGGUCAGGCCAGAUUAAUCAAAUAUGAGCCUUGGUGUCUGGGCUCUAAUAGUCAGGCCUGGAGGAGCUGUAAUUAUACGGAUGUCAGUAUUUGCCUUGACGCUUUCAUCUAUAAUCAUGACAACAAAGACACAUACAGCACAAGAGCAAGAUAGGGUGUACUGUGUUGUGAGCCACAACAGUACUGAUCCAGGGUCAGAUUUAUGCUCACCUCUGAACUAAUAAUCUUUUCAGACUUCAUAGGUUAGAAGCUGAUCACAGAUCUGUGUCUAAACCUCUAGCAGAAUCUUUGGAAUCAGGGAAAAGUAUAGAACUGAUGCCAGUAUGCUUAAGGGCUUUAUUCAGGAUAGGUGAUCAAAUGAAUUUCCACAAGUUCUUUUUUUACUCUGUAACCAAACUUUGAAGGAUGGAAUGAUCUUGAUGUUUAGUAUAACUAUCCCUUUCUUGUUUUAAUUUAAUGCCAGUAUAUAUUUCUCUUAGCUAACAUAUGCACAGCUUUAAACCAAUGGGAGGGCAAGCUGUGGGGUCACACCAAUGCUCAAAGGUGAAAGGUCAAGGGCCAGGAGAGAAAAGUGUGUUCUGAGUGUUUUGAAUGUUGUAUGUUUAAUGUCUUGUUUUUAGGUGUGGAAUAAAGCUCAAUACCAUAUUAUCUUUGGA